AAUUAUACAUUAACCCAACAAAGCAGUAAAGUUUUCCUCUAAGCUGCUCUUGGCUCAGCUGGAGCUCUGAAGCCUGAGGACAAAGACGGAGAAAUACGCUCAUCGUUUUAGAAAACUGGAUGAAUAUCAGCAGAUAUUUAAAUCUGGAUUAUCUGAAUUUGAAGAGAUGCUGGCUGAGUUUGUCGUUUUAUGUUUGUGGUUCGGUUCUUGUGCCGUCACCGAGGCUGAGGAUGCCAGCAUGACCCGAGCUCUGAAGCUGAUGUCUGAGACGCCGCUCAUCGACGGUCACAACGACCUACCUUGGCAGCUUAGAGGGCAAUUCAACAAUCAAAUCAAAGAAGUGGACCUACACACACUGUCAACAACACACACCAACAUCCGAAAGAUCAAGCAGGGACGACUUGGAGCACAGUUCUGGUCAGCUUAUGUACCUUGUCAAACCCAGUACAAGGAUGCGGUGAGACAGACACUGGAGCAGAUAGACGUCAUCCACAGGAUGUGUGAGAAAUACACAGAAACCUUCAUGUUCGCCACCAGCAGCCAGGACAUCCUCGACGCCUUCAGGUUGAAUAAGACGGCCAGUCUGAUCGGGGUGGAGGGCGGUCACUCCAUUGACAGCAGCCUGGGCGUCCUGCGCACCAUGUACCAGCUGGGCGUCCGCUACCUCACACUCACACAUUCCUGCAACACUCCCUGGGCAGACAACUGGCUCGUCGACACCGGAUCAGAACCAUCCCGGCACAACGGCCUAUCCUCUUUUGGAAAGCAACUCAUCGGUGAGAUGAACCGUCUGGGGGUGAUGAUCGAUCUGGCUCACGCGCCUCUAAGUGUGAUGAACCAGGUGCUGGACUGGUCCAAAGCUCCAGUAAUCUUCAGCCACUCCUCCGCCUACAGCGUCUGUCCUCACAGGAGGAACGUCCCAGACGAGGUCCUGGCCAGAGUGAAUCAAACUGGAGGAAUAGUGAUGGUGAACUUCUACAACGACUAUGUGACCUGCAGUAAAACAGCUAAACUCUCAGAUGUUGCAGAUCACUUUGACCACAUCAAGAAGGUGGGAGGAGCAGGAGUUAUUGGCUUUGGAGGAGAUUAUGACGGAGUUUCCAGACUUCCUGAGGGUUUGGAGGAUGUGUCCAAAGUUCCCAGUCUGGUGGCUGAACUUCUGAGGAGAGGAUGGACGGAUGAGGAAGUGAAAGCUGCCCUCGGACAGAACCUUCUCCGGGUCAUGAAGGAGGUCGAGAGGGUCCGUGACAGCCUGAACAGCUCGAUGCCAGAUGAUGUUCCCAUUCCCUACAAGGAGGUGGAGAACCCGUGCAGGACGAGCUUCGGUUACCAAAACGCCGGAAACGAGUUUUCACUCAGCCGAGCGGCUCUUCUGCUGAUUCUGAUCCUCCAGGCUGGUGUCACAUUUAACACUUAAAUCUGUCUAAAUUAAUCCACAUGUAAUCAUAAACACUAUUGUCUGGCAAAUUUAAAGUUUGGUCAGAAACACAAAAACUAGUAAAAUGAGUAAAUGACAACAGAGGUUUGUACGUCAGUUUAUUAAAAGUCAAGGUUUUCUUCUGCUGAGGAAGGCUGCAGCUGUUGCAUUCAAAUAAACAUCUGCAUUCAAGU